AUGGUAUCUUUGGUUUGAACCCACUCUUUGUUCAAGUGAUCAAAAAUAUCCUGACAGGUGAUUGACAGGUGUGUCUUGUUGCCCAGGUGUGCCCUGUUAGAUUGAUUCUUUAAACAAUUAAUAACUCUGAAUGUCUACUCUUAGUUCGAGACCUCGGUUUCAGCUGUGAAGACUGUAUUUGUUGUUUAAAAAGGAUAAACCGACAUGAAGACAUUUAAACACCGACUCCUAUUUUCAUUGUCAUCACAAUUCUUUGCUUCCUUAAAUUAAUUCAACAUAACUGACUGUGAUAAGCCUUAGUAAGCUUGACUGUGGUGUAAAACCUCAGGUUCCCCAGUUGUGUGUUUUGUUACUGGUUUGAAAUAGUCAGUUAUUCAUUUAUUCAGAGUGUAACCGUGUUUGUAUUAAUUAUAUGAAAAUUCAUAUUACUAAACAGCAGUGUUAUUUUGACUCAAAGAUGUACAUAAUUGCGGAUAAUAAUGUAUUUUCUCAAUAUUUAAUAAACAUGCAGUACAGUAAAAAUAGUUUAUUCCUAAUUAGUUGAGAAAUUAUGAAAAAUAAUCUUCGUUUCAAAGUAUCGUGAUUAAUAUUUAAUGCAUUAUUUUAUAACAUACACACGCCCUAAUUCAGCCGAGCAUUCUGAUUGGUUCUUCCCUUUUAAUGAAAUGAGAGUGACCAGGAUACGCUAGCUCAGGGGUUCCCAAACUUUUCCAGGGCAAGGCCCCCCAAAUGGCAUUAACAUUUAACUGAGGCCCCCCUUUUGCAAGAUGUCUUUAAAACACAUUAAAAGUACAGACUUUAUAUACUUUAUAUACUAUAUACUAUAUACUUAUAGUACUUUUAUAAGUACUGAAUCUAUCCCCCUUUUUUUUUAUAUAAUUACAUCUUUACAUUACAUUAGGAAUUGAUUGUGUGUGUGUGUGUGUGUGUGUGUGUGUGGUUGUCUGAGAGUGAGAAUUUAUUUUUCACACCAAACUGUUGAGGCCCCCACGUGCGCCCCCUGGCGGCCCCCACUUUGAAAUCCACUGGUCUAACAAUUGCAAAGAUGGUUGCUUGGACCGUUUUUAAUUUCCCUCUUUAUUUGAGUGAUUAACUCUAUGUAUUGGCAUUGCAAAAGCAACAUUUUUAAAAUGUUAUUUUAUUUAAUUUUUAUAAAAGGUUUUACGGAAACAUCAAUAUCUUGGCUCAGGAUGGGCCAUAUAACUGCUUGGAACAAAAACUGAUCUCUAGAGAACAUAUAUAAACAUUUUGCACAUUCUUGCUCCUCAGACUUAAAACUUAAGUCCAAAUGUAAUGCUCAGGAUUGCUCACAGUUCCACCUUUAGGGCCAAUUUAUAAUGGGAAGGGUUCAAGUCUUACUUUUUUUAGGGGGUGCCCAGGUAAGUAUAGCGUGCAUGCAGAACAUUUCAGGUUUGAGACUUAUUUUUUGUAUUCAUUUUUUUUUUUUUUUUAAUUCCCCUCAGUUUCUGGUUGAAUAUCUCAGGUGAGGGACCAGAUACGAACCUGAAAUUUUCACAGAAAUAAUUCCACUAUAGUAGCAUUCUGCUGUAAAAAAUUUAGCUUGAGAUUCCACUGGUUACAGAGUUAGGGCUAGUAGAAAUCUGGAGAAAAGCCUACUUUAUUCAUGCAUUUUGAGAAAUGAACAGAUGUAAUAUAAGCAUAACAAAUCAUUAAAAUGAUCAGUAUUUUACAGUAAUUAUGUUUGAGUGUUUAUGAUAUAAUAGCUUAUCCUUGUCAAUGAGGUCUAAAAUAUUACUACAUUUGAUAUUGUGACAACAGUGAAGCAUGAUCGAUCACAGGGUUCUCCAACUCUGCAGAGUUUAGCUCCAACCUCCAAACUCACCUGCCUGUAGCUUUCUAGUAAUCCUGAAGACCUUGGUUAGCUUGUUCAGGUGUGUUUGAUUAGGAUGGAUGGAGGUAAACUCUGCAGGACAGUGGACCUUGAGGGUUCAGAUUUGAAGAACCCUGAUCUAUCAUGUUGGUAUGUGUGAAUAAAUUUUAUCCAAAUCUGGAAUUACAAACGAACAGCGCCAUAAACAGAGCUGUGGUGGUGUUUCUCCUGUGAUAAAAGCAGUAAAGUGUCUACAGCUCAGAAGUCACUUACUAUUUUUAUCACAGAUAAAACACCACCACAGCUCUGUUUAUGACACUGUUCAUUUGUAAAACACCUAACUGAACAGGGUAAUUCCACAUUUGUGGAUAAAAUCUAUUCACACAUACCAACUGUACACCUGUACCAACAUGAUACAGGUAACUAAUACAGGACUAACGAUACUAAUACAUAUAAGAAACUAAUACAAUGUAAGGGUGCAGUGAAAGUGUGUAAUUCUUUAAAGGCCUACAUGUUUUUCAGUUAUUAAUGUUUGAAUUAAACCAUUUCAUUCUAGUGACCAGUCAGAUAGGUUAAUAUCUAUAAGGACUCAAUGUUAAACAAGACUUUGAUGAUGGUGGAUUUCCACUACUGUUCUAAAAUAAACAUGGACCCUUGGGUGCCCCCCAGUCCUCAGUUUGAAAAACACUGGCCUAAACAAUUUUUUUUUUUUUAAAUUUGUACUGAAGGUCUUUUGAAUAGGCCAAGUGUUUUAGAGGGUAUUUACACCUUCUAUUUUUCUAAAAACAGCCUUACAACUAUUGUCUACAGCAGUGGACACUAUGCCCGGUGGUUCACUAAAUAAAAGUAUCUAAGGUGUAAAUAUGAAAUUGUUAUUUUCGGUGUAUUUUUGGUGCAAAUUGUUAUUUUAAAAUGUUAUUACUAAUAGUAUGGUUAACCUUAUUAUUGUGUUAUUACAUUAGCAUGCCAUAGUAUAUUUACGCAUCAAUAUAAAUAUAUUUGAAUGAAAUAUAUCCACAAAAUCAGCACGUUUCUGUCAAAAUAUUUAUUUGAAUAAAUGUGAUACCUAUUGCAUAAUUCAAAAAUGGUUAUUCAUUAUAAUAUUGUUUGCACAAUCAACAUUCAUUCACAGCUUUGUACACAAAAGGAUGGUCUAAGUGGGCUGAAAUAAGCUUAUCUGGGCAUGAUGACUCAGCAAACCAUAAUAAAACUCUAUGAAAAGCACAAGCAUUUCCUGUAUAAUUAGUCAUCAGCUGUUCUUUUUUUUUUUUUUUUUUUUAAUUUUAUUAUUCCUCAUUAUCCAAAACCUCAUCCAUGAUAUUUUUCUGCUGGAUUUAGAAAAGCCCUACUAUACCCUUAGAUAUCUGUGUCGUGAACUAUUACAAGAGAUGAAAUGAAUUCACUAAGAUUGAUAUCUUCAUGUCCUUCUCAGCUUUGACGCAAUAUGUAAAUUAGGAUAGUCAUAAUAAACACGGAAAAUACAGCAAUGCAAUGACAAUCCAUACAUUCAAUAAAAGUUACUCCUUUUACCCCUUAAACUCCUAACUGUGGUACCUUUGAAUGAGGAAAUCGAGCUAGAUAAACACGCGCUGUUAUUGGAAAAUGAUCAAUCAACUUCAGGGAUGCGUUAUCUCCGCUUCGUAUCGGGCCACAUCGCACCAUAUAACAGCACAUCCUGAAGUGUGCUUUUUUUAAGAAUUCUCCUGCUCACUCUCAUUGGUCCUUUCCACCAGAAGUGAACAACCAAUCAGAUCGCGUUUCUGAAUUGCGUAGCCCAUAGGACCUAGUUGAACGCAUGUCUUUGAUGACCAGUCCUCAAUCCUACGUAUGUCGUAGUCUCCCGCGUAAAGUGCGAUUGAAAUGUUCGAGAAUAUUUACCACCUGACCUUUCGCAACGUCUACAACUCCGAGGGCCGACCAGACACAAAGUGAAUUAGUUUUGACGAGUGUGGAGAAGCUUAUGAAAAUAUUUCACGAUGAAAGUCGAGGUGUCCACAGCUGUGAACUUUAUUACCACGUUACUGAGAAGAACAGGACUUCUGUCUGAAGAACAACUCCAACACUUCAGCCAUUCUCUGGAAAAGGCUUUAGGAGAGCAUUAUGAGGACCACUGGUUUCCUGACGCACCAUUUAGAGGUUCGGGAUAUCGCUGUAUCCGGAUCAAUCACAAGAUGGACCCGCUACUAGGGAAGGCCGCUUACACCAUCGGCCUCAGCAGGAAGCAGCUUUUAUCUCUCUUACCCUGCCAGCUUACGAUGUGGGUCGACCCCUACGAAGUGUCCUAUCGUAUAGGGGAGGACGGGUCCAUUGGUGUACUGUAUGUGUCCACACCACCCCCGGAGACUCAUCUGAACUCUGUGGACAGCUGCAAAGACAAACUGAGACUGGGUCACUCGAGGACUGUGAUUUCCAGCUAAUGACUCUUUUGUUUUAUACUUCUUCUUUUUUUUUUUUAAUGAUUUUUGUAAAUUGGAUAUAUUUGGAUUCAAUAAUGAUUUUAAUGCCUUUACAAUUUUGUAAUUUUUUUAUACAUUUCAAUUAAAGAUGAUGCUUCAG